GAAGUGACACACACAACUAUCAGUCUGAGAAUUAGACGAGCGAGGGAAGCAGAGACAUGGAGAAGCAGAGCAGAGGCGACGGGGAGACGCCGACGUCGAGGGAGGAGAAGAAGCGCAAAGAGAAGAAGCCCAAAGCUGGCAAGCUCUUCCGAAGGAGGUCGCUGAAGUCUGUGGGCAGUUUAAUGAACAGAAUCAUCAAAACGUUGGGCACUUUGACCCACUUUGGAGACGCGGCGGACGCGCAGGACGCGGAGGACGACGACGGUGGGUUCCGGAACGGCGCACCUUGCACCCUGAGCGCCGGGAUCAUCCGGGACGACGCGCACUCGACUCGGGACCGCGGCGCGCCGAAGACCACCACCGCCACCACCGCGAGCGCGUCUUCCUCCGUGCGCGUCGGCAGAGACCAGCUGCUCCACCAGUACGGGGACAGGGUGCCAGGCGUCCUCGGCCUGAAGAACCACGGCAACACCUGCUUCAUGAACGCCACGGUCCAGUGCUUGAGCAACACGGACCUGCUCGCCGAGUACCUGGCGCUGGAGCGCUACAAGCUGGACCUGAGCCGGACCCGGAGGAACGGGCUGGGGACAGGUGACCUCGCCCAGGGAGAGGUCACGGAGCAGUUGGCAUCGCUGGUCAGGGCGCUGUGGACUCUGGAGUACACCCCGCAGCUGUCGGUGGACUUCAAGAACAUAGUGUCCAAAUACGGGUCUCAGUUCCGCGGUAACUUCCAACACGACGCCCUGGAGUUUCUCCUGUGGCUGCUGGACCGCGUCCAUGAGGACGUCAACAUGGCCUCCCACAACAACAACAACACCACCAAAGCUCCCGCAAAGGGCCCCGGUGGAGCCGAGGAGGUGGCGUCUCCUGACCCGUCCCAGUCCCAGCAGCACAGCUUUGUCCAGGAGCACUUCCAGGCACAGUACAAAUCUUCACUGACAUGCCCCCACUGUAUGAAGCAGAGCAACACCUUUGACCCGUUCCUCUGCAUCUCGCUCCCUAUUCCUCUUCCCCAGACCAGGUCGCUGUUUGUGAUUCUGGUGUUCAGCACCAAAGGACAGCGGUACCUGCGGGUCGGGCUGGCUGUGCCUCUGCUGGGCUCCGUGGCCGGCCUGAGGAGGAUGGUGGCCGACGAGGGGAAACUGUCCCCGGACCAGGUGAUCCUGACGGAGGUGUACUCCACCGGCUUCCAGCGCUCCUUCUUUGAUGAGGAGGAUCUGACCAGCAUCGCUGAGAACGAUGUCGUCUACGCCUUCCAGGCUCCGCCCCUGUACAUCAGAGGAGGCUCCGCACGGAUCUCAGGGUACCAUCACAGCCUCCCCUCAUCUCCAUACUCCACUGGUCCCGAAGGUCAGAGGUUACCUUCAUCUGGGACGUUGUCGUCGGAGUUCCUCCACCAAGGCGUCUCUGUAAAGAUUCUGCUGUUGGUGUGCAAUGCAGCGGGGGCCGGCCAACAGGCUGUGAGGUUUGGACCUCCUUUCCUGAUGAGGGAGGACCGAUCCAUCUCCUGGGACCAGCUGCAGCAGAGCGUCCUCAGCAAGCUUUAUUACCUGAUGAUCAACGGGGCUCAGGCGCAGAAUACCAGAGUGCUGUUCAACAUCCGCGCGGUGGGAGGAUCGGCGUUCUACAGCUACCUGUCUCCUCAGGACGGACGGCCGCUCUACCACCCCGCGGUGGACAGAGCCCUGAAGCUCUGCUGCUCGGGGGGACCACCACACGUGAAGCUCAUCAUCGAGUGGGAGCACCGAGUCAAAGACUGCCUGUUCGGGAACAUCCAUGAGGAGGUGGUGAAGGACGCGGACAGCGUGAGGAACCAGCAGCAGCAGCACGUGCAGCAGCACGGCUGCACGCUGGACGAGUGCUUCCAGCUCUACACCAAAGAGGAACAGCUGGCCCCGGACGACGCCUGGAAGUGCCCCCACUGUCAGCAGCUGCAGCAGGGCGUGGUGAAGAUGAGCCUGUGGACGCUGCCCGACAUCCUCAUCCUCCACCUGAAGCGUUUCCGCCAGGUGGGCGAGCGGCGGAACAAGCUCACCACCUUCGUGCACUUCCCCCCGGCGGGCCUGGACAUGACGCCGCACGUGGUGAGCCGGAGCCACGCCCCCCAGCCGCCCGGCUGGACGCAGCCCCGGAGGCCCGAGCCGCCGCCUCCCGACUUCCUGUACGACCUGUACGCCGUGUGCAACCACCACGGAGGGAUGCACGGCGGCCAUUACACAGCCUUCUGCAGGAACUCGGUGGACGGCCAGUGGUACGGCUAUGACGACAGCAGCGCCGAGCCGGUGCCCGAAGCCGAGGUGUGCACGCGUGGAGCCUACAUCCUCUUCUACCAGAGGAGGAACCACAUCCCCCUGUGGUCGGCCAGCUCCUCAGUGACCGGUUCCACCAGCUCAUCCACCUCUGACCACUGGCUGGUCCGGCUGGCCGGGGGCAGCAAGAGGGCCAGCGUGGAGUCAGGAGGACAUGGACCUGCGGGGUCCAUUCAGGCCCCAGAGUCUCCUGAGCUGCCAGUGUUUGGAGACGACCUCCCGAAAACAAAUGGGUUCGAGGCCCAGCCCGUGGUCCCCGGGAGCCGAGGCCGGAGUGUGAGCAUGAGGUCACCGACGAAGCCCAAAAAGACUCCGGGCAAAGUUCUGCCACUGCGCUGGUCGUUUGGCUCCAAGGACCGCAUCAGACACCCGAGCCAGACCCGGCCUGGGGAGCUGGUGGAGUACCUGGAGUCUGGGCGCCGCCCCCGAUGCACCAAAGAGCCCAUCGUAGCGCUGGUAGCCACGCCCCCGCUAAGGAGCGCCGCGGGUAGAGCCCUCGACGUGGGGCAGGACUGCAGCUCGCCGAGCGGCAGCAGCCUCAGCUGCGCGGACAGAACCGGCUCCGACACGUGGCACUCCCCCAAAAUGUCGGGUGGGCCGAGCCGGGCGGAGAGAAGCACGAGCCAGGGACCGGGUAACCGUGACGAUGGCUCUCUGAGGCUGAGGUCAUGUAAGAAAGAGAGGCCGGACCACGGCAGGACCCCGGACCUCCCGCUCCACAGAGUGGGUCUUCUGACGGGUCACAUCAGCCACAGCGCGCCUCAGAGCAGAGACUCCACCCUGAGGAGGACCGCGGCCCCGACGGGGGUCACGGGGGUCACGCUCAGGACCCAGGGAGACCUUCAACCGGAGGACGGGGGGGGCCAGGAGGGCCUGCUGUCUUUUUUCAAACCCGGUUUCAUGAAGAAAGCCGUUCCCGGGUCGCCGAUCAAGGGGCGCGAGCGGCGCGCCGACGGCCACGGGCCCCCGGAGAAGCCGGCGGGCGCCGCCUCAGCCAAGCUGUCGCUCUCCAACGGGACGCUGGCGGGCGCCGACCCGAGCCGCGACGCCAACCACAACUUCAGAGGGCAGCCGGCCGACGGAAAGAAGGCCGGGGGUCACGACCCCGCCGCGGACAUGCAGCGCGCUCACAGCUCCAGUAACAUCCAGGCCCGGCUGGACUGGACCUUCCACCGGUGCGCCUCCCUGCAGAGGAACGGAGACAUCGUGGCGCCCCCGGCCCACCGCGGCCAGCCGCGCUACGCCACCCUGCAGCGCACGUGAGGCAGCGCCGCGCCGCUGGGGAGGAGCGGACCCGGGCCAUGUGACUGACGGCUGACCUCCAGGACCUCUACAGACCCCCAGGCUGACCUCCAGGACCUCUACUGGCCCCCAGGCUGACCUCCAGGACCUCCAGG